GAACGAGCUGUCCUUUAGUAUCUAAGAGGUGUGCAUCCAGGCCUGGGCCGGUGGCUGCGCAUUACGCAUCCCCUCUGGCAUCAGCCUUUAGAGAUCUGUCCGUGUUUAUUAGUCUCUCUGCGCCAGUUGCGCAAACAGCAGCUGCGCGCCUCCAACCUUGUGACCUGCUUUGGGGGGAGGAGAAGAAAACAACAUGGAUGUCCCUUUGCGUACACACUGAGGUGGAGGUGGUUGCUUUAGCGAUGGACGGGGAGCCACAACCAAUCCCUGCCGUGGCAGAAGAGGCAGCAGGGGAGCGGGUGGAGUCCAUGGAUGCCACUCCCUCCCCCGAGCAAGCGGCUGCACCCCCCUCAGAGGAGGUUGGUGAGGCAGUUUCCAUGGAAGAAGAAGAGGAGGAGGAAGAAGGGGACAAAGCCAUGAAGGAGGAAGAUGACGAUGAUGUGGUCCUCGUAGGGGAGGAGGACCCCCAGCCUUCUGCCGCCACCCCAGACUGCCUUGAGCCGGCCGAGACUGAGGACAUGUCCACGGUGGUAAUGAGCCCGGGAUCCCCCGCGUCUUCCAGCCCGUCCCCGGCGGUGCCCGCCAAACCUCCCGCUGCAGAAGCGGAGCCCAUCAUCAUCGACGACGAAGAGGAUGUCGGCGGCGCCGAGCAGCGAGACGCCUCGUCCUGCGGGUCGUGCUCGCCGGGUGCGCUCAGCAGCACCGAGCCGGAAUCGGAGAUCAGGAUCGCCAGCGUCACCACGCUGGGCUCCGGCGGUCGGGUAGGAGGCUCCGCCGGUUCGCCGCCGCGUCCGGUGGACGACAAGGAAGACAUGGCGCUGGUGAUUACCUCGGUGACGUCACUGCAGGGCAGAAUGUUGCUGGAAGGUGACGGCCAUGUGGAGGAAAACGGCCUCCAGAUCGGUAGCGCGUUCAGCCUGAUCCCCGACACCCCGCCUGGUCGACCGCCCGCCUCCUUCAACCCCGGGAGGGGCUCUGGCCCGGCGGGCCAGCUGGUGCAGAACGGAGACACGGGGACGCACAACAGAGCAGACUCGUGGAUCUCCCAGUCGGCUUCAGUCCCCCGCAACCAGAAGCAGACGGGGGUGGACUCUCCGUCGCCGGCCUCCUCCCUCCCCAAACCUCCAGGCCCGUCUUCCUCGUCUACUUCCUCCUCGGGCUCGCAGCCACAGCCCAGGACCGUCAAGGUGACCUGUGCCAACUGUAAGAAGCCUCUGAAGAAAGGCCAGACGGCCUACCAGCGCAAAGGCUCCACCCACCUGUUCUGCUCCACCACCUGCCUCUCCGCCUUCUCACACAAACCCGCCCCCAAGAAGAGCUGCACCAUGUGCAAGAAGGACAUCACGAACAUGAAGGGCACCAUCGUGGCCCAGGUGGACUCCAGUGAGUCCUUCCAGGAGUUCUGCAGCACCGGCUGCCUCGGCGCCUACGAGAACAAGCAGAACCCGCCCAAAUCGGGGCUGAAGACCAAAUGCACCGUCUGCGGCAAGCUCACAGAGAUCCGCCACGAGGUUAGCUUUAAGACCGUGACCCAUAAGAUCUGCAGCGACACGUGUUUCAACGUUUACCGCCGGGCCAACGGCUUGAUCAUGAACUGCUGCGAGCAGUGUGGCGACUACCUGCCCAGCCGAGCCUCGGCCAACCACUUCCUGCUGGUGGACGGCCAACAGAAACGCUUCUGCUGCCAGAACUGCAUCAGGGAGUACAAGCAGGCUCACAGUAAACUGGCGACCUGCCUGACUUGCAAAACGCUGAUCAAGACCGGCGAGGUUCUGCACAGCCUGGGUGCGGCCGGCACCAUGGGCUCGUACUGCGCCGUCACCUGCAUGAACAAGGGCAAGCUGGCGUCCACCUCCUUCAUCAACACGGAGCCGUCGUGUCACUUCUGUAAGAGGAACUCGUUACCGCAGUACCAGGCCACGCUGCCAGAGGGAAACAUCCUGAACUUCUGCAGCUCACCGUGUGUUGCCAAGUUCCAGAACGCUGCUCUUCAAACGACCACCAACGGACAGACGGCGCUCUCCACGACAGCCAACGCCACCGCCGUCCAGCUGAAGUGUAACUAUUGCCGAGGAGCGUUCAGCCUGAAGCCCGAGACUCUUGAGUGGGAGGACAAAGUGUACCAGUUCUGCAGCAAGACGUGCUGCGAGGACUACAAGAAGCUGCACUGCAUCGUGACGUUCUGCGAGUACUGCCAGGAGGAGAAGACGCUGCACGAGAUGGUCAAGUUCUCCGGAGUCAAGAGGCCUUUCUGCAGUGAAGGCUGUAAGCUGUUAUUCAAGCAGGACUUCAUUAGGCGCUUGGGUCUGAAGUGCGUCAGCUGCAACCACUGCAACCAGCUGUGUAAGAGAGGUCUGACCCGGCAGCUCGGCGGCAUGACGCGGGACUUCUGCAGCGAGGCCUGCGCCAAGAAGUUCAACGACUGGUACUUCAAGGCGCUGAGGUGCGACUGCUGCAAGGUUCAGGGGAACCUGACAGAGUCGGUGAUGUGGAGAGCGGAGAUGAAGCACUUCUGUGACCAGGAGUGUCUGCUGAAGUUCUACUGCCAGCAGAACGAGCCCAUCAUGGUCACGCAGAAGGGCCCCGAGAACUCCACCCUGGGGUAUGAAAUGCAAGGGGCCAAACUCGGGCUGGUGAGCCAGGGCACGGUGGCGUACGCCGCCGGGGGUUUGAUGAGGGACGUCAAGAACAAGGCCGUGCUCUGCAAGCCGCUGACGCUGACCAAGGCCACGUACUGCAAGCCUCACAUGCAGAGCAAACUCCUGCAGACAGAUGUAGACGAUGGUGUGAAGAGGGAGUAUAUUCCUGUACCCAUACCCGUGCCUGUCUUCAUCCCCAUGCCCAUGAAUAUGUACGCUCAGAUCACUCCCAGUCUGGUCUCUCUGCCUGUUCCGAUUCCGGUCCCCGUGUUCCUGCCCACCACCCUGCAGGGGGCGGAGCGGAUCCUCCAGACCAUCAAGGAGCUGAAGAACGAUGUGCCCUCCGACCCUGUGGAGGCCGACCUGCUCUCCCUGGCUGAGAUGAUCGCGGAGGACCAGAAGCCAGAUGUGAAGCUGGUGACGGUAAAGACGGAGUGCAGAGUGGAGGAGGUCUCCAGCUGCAGCUCUGAGGAAGAGGAAAAGCAGGCCGCCGAGGAAGAGGAGAAGCAGGCCGCCGAGGAAGAGGAGAAGCAGGCCGCCGAGGAAGAGGAGAAGCAGGCCGCCGAGGAAGAGGAGAAGCAGGCCGCCAAGGAAGAGGAGAGGCAGCAGCAGCAGGAGGAGGAAGAGGAGGAGAAGUACGAGCCCGAGCUGGACCUGGAGGCCGACUUCCCUCAAGCCUCAGACCCGGUCCCAGACCUGGAGGGGAUGGACGAGGACUCGGGCUUCUCUCUACCGCCCGUCCUGGCCGAGGAGUCGGCCCCUCGCCCUCAGCCCAGGAGACAAGGCAACAAGAGGCGGGCACUGGAGGAGGGCUCGGAUCAGGCCUGGCCCACUUCCUCCCGUCCCGCAGACGGACGGUCGCUACCUCUCAAAGCUCGCUACGGCGUCAACGCCUGGAAGCGCUGGGCGCUGUCUCCUCCGGACCAAUCAGAAGACACCAAAGUAAACGCCGGCCCCAAACCUGCUCGCUCUAACGGCAACCUGUUGUCGCUGAGCUCCGAGGAGCUGAGCGCGGCUCUGUCGCGGUUCGUCAGGGAGGUGUGCCGACCCAGCGGGGAGCGCUACUCGCCAGACAGCAUCCUCUACCUCUGUCUGGGGAUCCAGCAGCACCUUCAUGCCAAAGGCCGGACGGACGACGUGUUCAGUGACCCGAGCUACCAGCCGUUUGGAGAGGAGCUCAACAAGGUGCUGAAGGACUGGCAGCCCAGCGUGCUUCCUGACGGCUCCCUGUGGGGCCGGGUGGAGGAGCGGAGUCUGUGGAGCAGCCGGCAGCUCGGGGAGCAGAGUCCGGCCGCUCUGCUGCGCUCGCUGGUCUACCUGAACACCAAAUACUUCGGGCUGCGCACCGUGGAGCAGCACCUCCGCCUGUCCUUUGCCAACGUCUACGGCCCCGACACCGUCCACCCCGUCACCAAGGAGGCCGCCGUGUGCAUCCGCGUGCCUUCAGUCUCUCAGGACCACCACGUUCAAACGGAGUCGAAGAAGAGGAAGCUCCGCCCGCUGGACGGCGACUCAGGAGGCUCGAGCGUUCGAUGCCCGGUUAAGAAGCACGAGUGUCACCUGUACGACCUCUACAGAUCCAAGUGCCCGCCGUUGUUGCGGCAGCGUCUGGAUGUCUUCUACGUUCAGCCGGAUCCCGCCUCCGGGCCCGACGACCCGCUGCAGUUCAGCACCACACCGCUGGAGCGACAGAUCCUGGAGAGCCUCCUCACCAGAGUCCUCCUGGUCAGGGACGUUUAUACGGACAAGCAGCGGCAGGAGGAGGAGGAGGGGGGGGGAGACGGGGCAGAGUAGCAGCCACUUUGACUUCCCUGAACUGUCAGCUGGGGAGGAGGAGGAGAGCCACGUGUGUCCUCCUCCUGGUGAGGAGCGUCCACAACAGGAUGAAGAGCAGCCCAAACUGUUACUUUGCUAAGGGAGGGGGGGGGGCAAUGAGAUCUUUUUUAGUAAGAGCUUUUUGUUCUUGUGGUGGAAACGGAUCCCAGAUCAGAAGAACAAUAUUAAAACUUGGCACACAACCACGCUUUGACAAAGAUCGUCAAGAAGGGAGGGGGCCGAUUAUGCUUAACCUCCUUCUUACCAUCGCUCUGAAGGGGGAGGGGCUUUGAGGUUUCAAGAGUGCAUAGGAGGAGGGUAGUGAGAGGCUGAUGACGUUUCCCAGCAGCUGAUUGGUCGAUACGGCAUCUAUUUUAAGGCGAGCAGUUUGUGGAGAGGAAAAAAAUAGAAACUUGCGUAGAUUUAUUUUUGGGGGCCAAUCAAAGGCUUUACAUUUCAGAUUUCUACUAUAAAUCAGAAUUAUUAAACACUAAUAGACAUGAGUUUCUAAAUACUGCUGAAGUUUGUUGAUAUGAGUUUCUCCACAAACACAGGUCAUACAUGGUAAUAAAUGACAGGUGGUUUAAAUAAAUCUAAAGCGUGAUCAGACUCGUCCGCGGUGGCCUUAAAGCGUUCAGCUGGACGUCGUGUUGUAAACGUGACGUCUUUUCCCUGAAAGAUGGGAUUUGUGUCUUGAACGCAGCUUCCUCCCCCUCCCAGACUGGUUUCACUCAUUCUAUAACUGGGCUGCUUUUCCUUCCACGUCAUCAUGAUCUGCUCUCGGGCGACGCCACCACGGAGGGCUUCAGGAAGUCAGGGCUGAUCCCAGGUCUGUACCGAGGGGCCCGCCACCCCCUCACAGGGACCCCUCACCGACAUGCUGCAUCUCUUUACUGGACUUUAGGGGAACCUUCAUUCAUGCGAUGUAGCAUUACGAGCGUAUGAAGUUUUUUGAAGUGUAAAUAUCUCCUGAAAUGAAAACCACCGCCACCCACUGAAACCGUCAGCUUGAAUAAAAACACGUCCCCCUUCCCCGAAGCCUUUUAGUUAUAUAUAUAUUUAUUUAUAUAUAUAUAUAUAUAUAUACAUUUAUAUAUAUAUAAAUAUAAAAGACUGGUUAUUUAUUUAACAUUUUAUUAGUUUGGUUGUAUCCUCUGUCGGAAUUUUUAUGGGUGACGCUUCCGCGACCACAGCCCGCUGCGGCCCCUCGCCUUAUUUAUAUAAAUAAAUGCGAUAAACAUGGACAGACUCAAUUUUCCGUUCUCUUUUUUUUUUUUUUUGUAUCCCGUGUUUCUGGCUUUCGGUUUCCUUUUUUAAACUUUCUGUUUAGUUUAAAAACUGAGCAUUUCUAGCACAAAGCAAAAGCUUUUAUUGUGUAAAUGAUUGGGUUGGACAACAACAUUUUUUUUGGCCUUUUAUGAUUUCAUGUUUUACACUUUCAUUGUUUAUUUAUUUUUUUAUUUAUGUGGUUAAAAUCCUGUGAGUUAUAAAUUUGGAGAACGUGUCAGUGUAAAAUCAAUUGAAGGAAUAUUUCUUGAUGUGUUUUUUUUUUUUUUUUUUCUCCGUCUGUUUUCAUUCAAAUAGGAAAAAUAUUCUUGAUGUACAAAUGUAGUGCGCACCCCCUCCAGAUGAUGAGUUUAAGGCAGAUUUUUAAAAUGAAAACACUAUUUUAUCUAAAGAUCAGUUCUUGUUAUUUUGUCCACUCGUCUGGAAGUGCAGUGUAAUAUUUCAAGCAGAUUCAGAGGGAGAAUCUGAUCUGGUUUCUGACACCUUUUUUAAAAUCGGCCCUGGAUCAGGAGACCCUGUUUUUUCAUUAUUAUUUUCCCCUGUUGGACUCGAGAGGCAGCGACCGGACCUCCGGUGGAUGCUGUUUCUGGCUUUGAUGCCUAACGUGAAUGUGCCUCUGUAAAUACUGAAAGUGAGUGAUUGUGAGUCUGAUGCUUUGUGUGUGGGCUGACCUGCUGAUAUGGUCAUGUUAAAUAAAUGAUUUCCUUUUCUAACCAGA